AUGUCUAAGAACAGGUUCGAAUUCCUUGUUGCUAAUAUGAGAUUUGAUGACAAAAACACCCGAGAUACACGCAAAGCAGAGGAUAAAUUUGCUGCGUUCAGGGAAAUAUGGUCUGUCUUCGAAGGUAACUGUUCCAGGUAUUACAGCCCCUCGGAAUACCUCACUAUAGAUGAGACUCUACUCAGUUUUCGUGGCCGCUACAGUUUCCGAAUGUAUAUCCCGUCAAAACCGGAUAAAUACGGCCUGAAAAUAGUCUCUCUAUGUGAUGUCCGAAAAUUAUACUUUAUAAGUGGAAUACCCUACGUUGGAAAGGAAAACCCUAAGAAAAAAAGGAUUCACCGCUCUCUACACAGUACGUUCUCAACCUAA